GAAAAAAUUCAGUACUAACCUCAGUUAGGCCAUAACAUCCACCGAAAGCUAAAUUAAGUUGUUACGGAAGGACAGUGAAAAUAAAAAUGAGAGCUCAUACAAAAUUAAUCUUAUUAACACUUUUCUGUGUAUUCCUGGAUCUGUCACUGGGAGUUGAGAAAUGUGAGGAGUGUAUGGCAAAUGAUGGGUUUUGUGUGGAUAAAACAUCAUAUUACUUGUGUAUGAACGGAAAACCAAUGAAAACUGAAUUGAUCACAUGUCCGGAGGAUCAAGUUUGUACAAAUUCUGCUAAUAUUUGUGAACCAGAAUCUGAGGAUAAUGCAAUCUGCGGUGGUUCAUCCUGCAAUAUCUGUAACGUAGAUGACAAAUACACUUGUGUAAGUAAAACACAUUUCGGCCGUUGUCUUAAUGGUAAAGUUACCGUAACAAGCUCUUGUGAAAGUGGUUCACUUUGUAGUACUGAAAUGUUAACAUAUGGACAAAUAUGUGCACCAACAUGUGUUCUCGACUUUUUCGGAUUUUCUGCCACAUGUAGCAAUGAUCAACCUAUCACAACAACUGCUGUUCCACCUACAACACCUGAUGUAGCUACUUUGAAAGACAAAUGUAAAGCGAAGCAAUCAGAUAAGAAUAUUUAUACCGUAUUAGGUGAUCCUACAUGUAAAACUUACAUUUAUUGUGAAAAAGUUGGCGAAGAAAUAGAAGCAAUUCUAAUGAAUUGUCCUCACUUUUACGAUAGCACCAAAGAAGAGUGUGUAACUGAUAAACCAACAACAUGUUCUUAAACGACUACUAUAUGUAUAUGUACUUAUAACGCAUACAUGAAUAGAUAUAACAAAUAAAAAUUUAUAAAUUAAA